AUGGGUGAUAAGGUCAUACUCACCGAGGUACUGGAAGCCUCGCAUCUCACGGAUACCUAUUCCAACUUGACCGCCAAAAGUAUCAUCAAGCAGUAAGUUCCAGGUGAACAAAAACUUCCCUUUUGAAUGCCGGAAGUUCACUUAUACGCUUAAAUUGAGCUGAGUAACGUCGGAUGGCACGUCAUAAGCCACUUAUUUUUUCCGGUUGUGUUCUACAUCAUAUGAAAAAAAAAUUUCCAAUGUUGACCUUAGUCAGUCUUUGCAAGUUUAAAGCUCUCUGGGCGGUAAUUAAAGGGCCAGACGAGUAAUCAACUAUUUAUAGACGAUCCUAGAAGUCCUCAGUAGCCUCGAAACUAAAGAUCAUCACGAAACAGAAUAUAUACUUCCCUUCUAAAGUCAUCAAUUAUAAAAAUUACUAUUUAGGCUUCGAACUGGUGGUGAUGAGCCCGGUCAAUCCGUCCGUUAUGAAGGCCUGGAUGGGGAUAUGCUGGAAAUCCGAGAGCCCGAUGAUCAAAGGGAUCAGGAGCCGUCAGCUGCCCCAUCCAACGACUCAUUCACCAUCGAUGAAGCCGUUGAAUUCCUGGGCUUCGGCAAGUUCCAACUGACUUUAUCCUUCCUGACCGGCCUGGCUUGGAUGGCCGAUGCCAUGGAAAUGAUGAUCUUGUCGAUUCUGGCUCCCGCUUUGUAUUGCGAGUGGCAAAUCACUGCGGUGGAGCAGGCAAUGAUCACAACUUGCGUGUUCAGUGGGAUGAUGUUGUCUUCAACAGUUUGGGGGAAAAUUUGCGAUCGGUUUGGACGAAGAACAGUGAGUUUUUGUACGAUUUACAGAUGCUAUGUUGAGAAAGUUAUUAUAAUAAUUAAACUGGUUUCAGGGUCUUAUGUGUUCGGCUUUGUUGACCUUCUCCAUGGGAGCGCUGAGUUCUGUGGCUCCGAACUUCCAUACUCUUUUGUUCUUCCGAGGCCUGACUGGGAUUGGAAUUGGAGGUGUCCCACAGUCGUAAGUGUCAUAAAAUUAGUCUAGUUCAAAGAGCAUGCCUGCGUAGUCAAAUUAAUAUACAAAUUUUGAGAUUUAGCAAGGGAAAUUAUCAUUUUUACAAAAGACUUCAUUCAGAUCUGAUGUUUAAUAAAACAACUCUUGUAUUUCGGUCUGUCAAUCACUGUUACUUCUAGGGUGACCCUCUACGCUGAGUUCCUGCCUCUAGCUCAGCGUGCCAAAUGUGUCGUGCUGAUUGAGUCCUUCUGGGCCGUCGGAGCGGCCUUUGAAGCAAUUCUGGCCUUGUUUAUCAUGCAGACAUUGGGAUGGCGAUGGCUCUUGUUGUUCAGUUCGCUACCCCUUCUAUUCUUUGCUAUUUGCUGUUUUGUAAGUUCUGGUUUACAUACUCGCAAUCUACUUGCAGUGGCUGCCUGAAAGUGCACGGUAUUUAAUGGCCUCCGGAAAAACCGAAGAGGCCUAUCAGAUUUUGGCCAAGGUCGCGAAACAUAAUGGAAAAACACUGCCUGCCGGGAAGUUGGUCGAGAAUGUUAGUCAUAAUGUGAGUUUGGGCUGAUUAUGUCAAAUAAUUGAAAAGGUUCCAAACGUGUCCGAAAAUUUUUAAAAGUAACCCUUUGAAAGGUAUCAAAAUGUCUCACAUUCUAACGGAUCACCCGAGAUCCUUAACAAAAUCAAUCAAGCCCCUUCAAAAAGUGUCAACAAGUAUCAAUAAAUUCCAUUGCAGCCGGCCCAUCGCGGAAAUGUCUCGAAUCUUUUCGUCGACGAACUCUUCAAAACUACCAUUCUUCUGUGGUUUAUUUGGGCUGUAAAUGCCUUCAGUUACUAUGGCGUCGUUCUGUUCACCACCGUUCUUUUCCAAUCCACCGAUGAAUGCCAUGGCGGCGGCUCGUUGAAUGCAACAACCGUUGCGCAAAUUGGCUGUCGCCCGUUGACGCAGAAGGACUAUGUGGAUUUACUAUCAACUACCAUGUCCGAAUUUCCGGGAUUGAUUAUAACGGCGGUGAUUAUCGAGAGUUUAGGGAGGAAGAAGACAAUGGCCGUGGAAUUUGGGGUCUACAGUGCAUUCAUGUUCCUUCUGCUGUUCUGCUGGGAAAGGUAGGAGCACUUCUUAUAAACAAAAUUUUGGCUAUUCAGCUUACCCAAAUUGCCAGGUUCUACAGUUCGUAUAUUGCACAUAUCAUAAAUCUAUCUUUACGACCGAUUUUAUAGCCUUAAAAAGCUCUUUAUCACCCGCACUUGCAGAUUCCCAAUCUUCAAGUUCUGUAUUAUCAAAUACAGGUGUUAUCUUUACUGUUAUUUUAGACAUUGGGUGACCGCAUUCAUCUUUAUUGCCCGAGCUUUCAUCUCCGGUGCCUUUCAAUGUGUCUAUGUCUACACUCCCGAAGUGUAUCCAACAACCCUCAGGGCUAUCGGAUUGGGCGCCUCGAGUUCGAUGGCUAGACUAGGAGCCAUUAUCACACCAUUUGUGGCACAAGUGGCUUCAGGCCAUUCGUUGUACAUUCCUAUAACGAUUUAUGCGGCCACGGCUUUGCUUGGGGUUGUGGCAGCCCUAGCGCUUCCAAUCGAAACUAAAGGGAGGAAAAUGCAGGUGAGUUGGAAGAUAAUUUCCAUAAGGGAAAGCUUGGUGUGUCGUCGUUCAAAGACGACCGCUCAUUGGCACUGCAAUUAGCGGUUUUACGUUAUUUGCCAUUUUGAUACAAGGGGUAAUAAGAACUCCACUUUCAGGAUCACUGA